AUGGCAUCUUCCUCCUCCACUGAACAGGAUGAAAACACUGAAAGUCCUCGAAAGAAGAUUAAAAGAGGUUACGCUAGGGGUGUAGAAGAAGGUUUCAAGGUAGUGUUCAUGGCGGCUCAAGAAGAUGAGAUUAAAAGUCUCAGAGAGAAAAAUACUGAACUGGUGCAAAAAGUUCAGUACUGGAAGAUGACUGCGUCUCAGAGGGAAAAUGACAAGUUGGAGUUAAUGAAAGAGAUCAAUGAGCUGAGGCUCAAAUUGAUUCGUCUCAAAAGUGGUGGUGCCGCAGACGCACGGAAGCUAGAUGCUGCACUCCAACAGGCUAGCGAGCAGGCUCUCUCCCACCUGGUGCAGGCCUCCAGUGCCGUUGCUCGCACCAUGGAGCUAGCCAAGACUUAUAUGAGGGACAGGGAAGGAAAUGGUGCAGACACAGUAUCCCCGCGAUGGAGCAACAUCAGCAACUCUACAGAGAAAGUGCACCGAGUGCCUCCCAUGAUGAUGGGCGGACAGUCCAUACAGCCUGUUGUGUCGCUUAGCAGGACUUUGAAUCUUAAUACUUCUAGACCAGCAGCUAGGAGUCCCAACUCUCGCAAUGUUACCGUGAGAGCUGUACCAAUGCAUAUGUUACAAGAUGUUUACAUUCCGCUGACUCGGAUAGACAUGAGGGACGUUCGGAACCAGAACGAGACUGAACCAGAGCCUGCAGACGACAGCGGGGAAAACAUCCCGUUUGACUCAAGCAUGGAGGAGGUGGCAGAGGAACCUCAAAACAUGACUGAUGAUGAUGAUUUCGAAUCAUCGCGUAGAUUAGAUAUAGUGACUGAAGAUGUGGAGCUAGAGAGUGAAGAACAGACACCACCGAGGCCUAGAGUAGACAAUCCUCUGGAGGGACCCAGUUGGUUGCUGGACGCGCCGCGAGAGCCAGACUCCACUACUGAAGAAGUGCACACACCCAACAGUGACAGCCCUGAGGUUCCCCGGGAGCCGUCGCCAGCGGCGGCGCGCGUGUUCACGCCCACGCUGCGGCGCCGCAAGCGCACCUCCACGCCUCCUCCACUCACAAGGGAUUCACUCAACGGGUCACUAUCCUGCUCUCGCGUUCUACAAGUACUAGUCCCCAAACUACUAGUGACAGACCCGACUUCGCCUGCCCACAAACGACCGAAGCCUCGCUUCGACGCGCCGAGCCCCAACGGCGCUACCGACUCACGAGUUAUUGUAUCGGAGGAGCUGGAAUCUCAAAGCAGAGAAGGGGAAUCAGGCGAGCAGAGUCGCACGCCUACCAGUAAACCGCAAUGAAAGCCAACGCGCGCCCAGCCAGCAGGACAGCUCCAGGGACCCAGAGGGGUCAAGCCAGCAAGAGAGUUAUAGGAGAGAUAGUGGCGACAGUGACAGCGGCAGCGGAGCGGACCGCGUCAGCGAGGGCCGCACGCGGCGGAACAGGAAACCCGUCACUUAUAAGGAGAAGCCUUUAAACAGGAAACUACGGAGAUGAUCACAGCGGUCGACUUAGGCGAAUUAUUUAUUGUUUUUAAUCAUAUUUACGGCUACAGUGUUCCAUUCUCUGUACCAACAUUUAUUCUUUCCCACCUCUCAUUAGUCCGUCUAGUUUAGGACAACAUAAUAUGCGGUUUAUUGAUGUGCACUCGUCUUGUACAGAUGUACACCCUGUAGACACCUUUUUAGUGGUUAGUAAACGAUAUCACUAUUGCUUAAGUACCUGUUUUUAUCGCUUUUGUGUCCACUAUGACUGUUAAACCAGUAUUUCGAAGGGGCAAAUUGUUGAAAUCAGUUUUUUUUUCAAGUCUUAUUUUAAUAAUAAAACUA